ACUCCAACCACAAAUUCUUUUCCAUGUGUUAAAUACUACAACAAUUACAAACUCAAUCUUAAGCUCUUCACUAGCUCUUGGUUUGUAGUAGAGCCUGAAGAAUCAUGGCCGUGGAAACUACUCCACUUCUUGAUAACCAAACAUUCCCCCAAACCAAUGCACACGAUGAGGAGCAAAAACCAGUUCAUUUUGUCAGGGCGUUUGGCCAAGAAUCAAAGAAACUAUGGAAACUUGCAGGACCGGCUAUCUUCACUGCCCUUUGUCAGUACUCACUCGGUGCACUUACUCAAACAUUUGCUGGUCUUGUUAGUGAAAUCGACCUUGCUGCUGUGGCCGUCGAGAACUCCGUCAUUGCUGGUCUCGCAUAUGGAGUCAUGUUGGGCAUGGGAAGCGCACUGGAGACACUGUGUGGUCAAGCAUACGGUGCAGGGAGACUGAGAAUGUUAGGGAUAUACAUGCAGAGAUCAUGGGUCAUUUUGCUCACUACAGCUUGUUGUCUUCUUCCCAUUUACAUUUGGUCUCCACCAAUUCUUGAGGUCUUUGGAGAGACCACUGAAAUCUCGGAAGCCGCUGGUAAAUUUGCUCUGUGGAUGAUUCCACAACUAUUUGCUUAUGCAGUGAAUUUCCCCAUACAAAAAUUCUUACAAGCGCAGAGGAAAGUCUUGGUGAUGGCCUGGAUAUCAGCCAUUGUUCUGGUGCUACAUGCAUUUUUUAGCUGGUUCCUGAUAUUGAAAUGUGGUUGGGGCUUAACUGGAGCAGCCAUUACUCUAAAUUUAUCAUGGUGGCUCAUUGAUAUUCUGCAAUUGUUGUACAUUUUCAUAACCAAGUCAGAUGGUGCAUGGAGCGGAUUCUCAUGGCUAGCAUUUGCAGAUUUGUGGGGCUUUGUCAAGCUUUCCUUGGCUUCUGCUGUUAUGCUAUGCCUGGAGUUUUGGUACUUGAUGAUAUUGAUUGUGAUAACAGGCCGCUUAUCUAACCCCUUGAUUCCAGUUGAUGCCAUUUCUAUUUGUAUGAAUAUUCAAGGUUGGGAUGCGAUGAUUGCACUUGGAUUCAACGCCGCAAUCAGUGUGAGAGUAUCAAAUGAACUUGGAGCUGGUAAUGCCAGGGCUGCCAAAAUUUCAGUGGUUGUGGUCUCUCUCACAUCCAUCUCCAUUGGUGUUUGUGCCAUGAUCUUGGUGUAUGCCACCAGAGACUAUUUCCCUUACCUCUUCACCUCUAGCGAUGCCGUCGCUGCAGAAACAACCAAAAUUGCUAUUCUGCUGGCAAUCACUGUGCUUCUCAACAGUCUGCAGCCAGUCUUAUCCGGUGUUGCUGUUGGAGCUGGAUGGCAAUCUCUUGUUGCAUACAUCAACAUUGGAUGCUAUUAUAUUGUUGGACUGCCACUGGGCAUACUCCUGGGAUUCAAAUUUGAUUUUGGAGUUGAGGGUAUAUGGGGAGGAAUGCUUGGAGGAAUUUGUUUGCAGACCAUAAUUUUGAUAGUGGUUACUUCAAUAACCAAUUGGAGAACAGAAGCUCAACAAGCAGAAAGCCGUGUUCGGAAAUGGGGAGGUUCUAUCGCAGAUCAAUAACAAGUUUUACAGUUUGAGGGGGCAAUGAGAAUGAAUUUGUGACUGUGUCCUCAUUUGAAGGGGGUGACUGAGACACAGGGUUUUGUUGUAUGCAUGUAGUAGGGAUUUGGUCGUUCAAUUUUGUUGUACCAGGGAUUUACUAUAAGCAGUGUUCUAUUCUUUCAGCUAAUUUUUGAUUGAUUUUA